AUGGAACGUAAUCCAAUCAUAUCCAUUGACAUCCACCCUGAUGGCUCCCGCUUUUCAACUGGAGGACAAGCUUGUGUGAACUGCGUGAGAUGGUCCCCAUCUGGUCGAUACCUUGCAUCUGGUGGUGAUGAUAAGGUAAUCAUGAUCUGGCAGCUAGGCCGCCAUGGUGGAGGAAGCACUGCAUUUGGGAGCUCCGUUGUUAAUGUUGAACCCUGGCGGUGUGCUGCCACUUUACGUGGGCACUCAGGUGAUGUGUUUGAUCUUGCCUGGUCUCCCAGUGAGGAAUGGUUGGCAUCCUGCUCUGUUGACAACACCAUCUAUAUCUGGAAUGCUGUAAGGUGGCCAGAGGUUGUGACCAUCUUGAGGGGACAUUCAGGAUUAGUGAAAGGACUUGCUUGGGAUCCAGUUGGGAAGUACAUUGCAUCACAAGCAGAUGACAAGUCUCUACGUGUCUGGCGCACUGCUGAUUGGCACUGUGAGAGGGUCAUACGGGAGCCUUUUGGAGAUACAACAGGAACAACUCAUGUGUUGAGGCUGAGCUGGUCUCCUGAUGGGCAAUAUCUUGUGUCUGCACAUGCCAUGAACAACUCAGCACCCACUGCUCAGAUCAUUGAAAGGGAAGGCUGGAAGAUGGAUAAGGACUUCGUGGGUCAUCGCAAGGCCAUCACCUGUGUUAGAUUCAGUCCAAGAAUUCUGACAGGAAACACAAAGCAGAAUGAGAGACAGCAGCAGUAUUGUUGUGCUGCUAUUGGUUCUCGAGAUUGCAGUGUUUCCAUUUGGCUGACAAAUCUCAGGAGACCUCGUGCUGUCAUCAAAGAGCUCUUCCACAACCCUGUAAGUAUGGACAUCUAUGGUUGGAUUCACUUGGAUCACAUUUGGAAGGCAGUUAUACCAAAUUAA